AGUACCUCCACACUUCCUAUGGCCAUAUUUAGCUGAGCAUCGGCGGAGCGUGAGCUCAGGAAAGCAUUUCCAACGACCAAAAUGAGCUUUUGUCUGUCGUCUGUCACAAGAAAAAUAUCCAAACGUUGUUUUGUGCGAAGUUGACUGCGUCACGUUCUCAGAGGAAAAACUGCGAGCUGCUGCAGUGAACAGAGCUUUGAUCCACAGGAACUCUGACACACGCAGCUGCAAAAUACACUUCACAGUGGAAAACUGUCAGGAGACACAGUGAAACAUCAUGACCACGCUGCUGGACCUGAAGAGUAGUGUCCUGAGGCAGGUGCAGAGGAGCCAGUCGCUGAGGAGCAGAAGGGAGGCUCCGCCCACUGCCAGCAGCCCACUCACUCAUUGUCCUGAGCCCUUACCUCGCAGGGUUUCUGAGGAGAGCGUGGAGUUCUUUGAGCGAGUGAAUGCCAUUCUGCACAAACAGGAGAACAUGCUACGGGCCGCCCAGGCUGAGUGCGAGAGAGGGGCCUGCACUGUGCCACCGCCCCAGGAACACGCUGACCAGUCCUUCAUCCCCGACAGAAUAAGUAGGACUGAGCUGGACCUGCUUUAUGAAGAAGCUGUAUACACGGUGGUCAACCGGGUGGGAGUGCCUCAACCAGAACAUGUGAAAAGUGAUGAAGAGCUAUUUGCCUACCUUCUUAAGGUGUUUGAUAUGGGCGAGGAGGAACAAGACAUCAUUCUCCAAAAGGUUCAAGAAUCCAAGCGAGCAACUUUUUCCUUAAGAGUUUCUGUCGUGAAAGCAAAGAAUCUGAUGGCCAAGGACGCAAAUGGAUACAGCGACCCCUACUGCAUGCUGGGAAUCUUGGUAGGCCAGAGUCCGCGGGAGCUGGAGGACAAGAAGGAGAGAAAGUUCAGCUUCAGGAAGAGGAAGGAGAAGCUGGAGAAACGCUCCAGCACCAAGGAGGUGUUACCUGCCCGGUGUAUCCAGGUGACCGAGGUCAAACCAGAGACCCUCAACCCAGUGUGGGACGAGCACUUUGUGUUUGAAAUAGAUGAUGUUCAUAGUGACCUCUUACACCUGGAUAUAUGGGAUCAUGACGAUGAUGUGUCUGUUGCUGAAGCCUGCAAAAAGCUCAAUGAAGUCAGUGGACUUCGAGGAAUGGGAAGGUAUUUUAAGCAGAUUGCAAAGUCGGUGCGUUCCAAUGGAUCUGCAUCAUCCGGCUCUGAGGAGAACGCAGACGACUUCCUGGGAUGCCUCAACAUCCCUAUGAACGAGAUGCCUGUUGUUGGCUAUGACACCUGGUUCAAGCUGGAGCCUCGAUCUAGUACGUCUAAGGUUCAGGGAGAGUGUCACCUGAUUCUGAAGCUCUUCACCUGCCAGCGAGACACAGAUUUGUCUAAAAAGGACUCAAAUGUCUCCAUUCACAAGAAAAUGCUGAGUCAGAUUGUGGAGUAUGAACACACUCAUGUAAAGAGAGAGCCUUAUAACUGGAAUGGGCAGGUUUGUCCCGCAGCGUGGACUGUGCUGACUCACCAUGCUGUGCAAACUGAUCUCUCACCUCUGCAGCAGGCCAUUAUUCGCUGGCAGUGCUACAGCAGCCACCACCGGACCCAGAGGGUGUGCUACUCCCUGCUGCUGCGCCUCCUGAGGACCAUCGAUGCAGAGUGGGACCCUGUCGCUGUGAGGGGAGACCUGGAGAGGCAGCUGUCAGACAGCUUCAGGCUGUACACAGAGCACUGCCUGUGUUUGAUGAAGAACAUGCGUCAGGUUUUCCCCUGCACCAGCGCCGCUGCCAUUACACGCUACGAGCUCAUGCUGAGGGGGAUUGGCUACAUACAGAACAUGCGGGCAUUUAAGACUGUGUGUCCUCUUCGAAAUGAGCUGCAUUUGGACAUCACCACUGCUGUCAAGAAAGGUAGUGCAGAGUGGUACGAGAGCUUAAUCGCGCGGUAUAAACCGGAGGAGGGGACUCUGGAGGAUCAGCUGAAGAAGCUGGUCCAGGUGGUGGAUGAUGUCAUUGCAGACGUGCAGAGAGCUCAGAACAUCUAUAACAACCUCUUCUACAGUGCAGUGAAAGUGGAUUUUCUCAGCAUUUCAUACAGGCAGUUGGAGAAACAGGUAGCGGACGAUGUUAAUGUGGCGAUGGAGCGGGUUUGUGGCACUCUGGAGCAUGAGACCUCCAGACUGACUCAGACCAUGGGAGAGACCAUCUUUGAGCUCUUCAUGUCCUUGAAAACCCUCAAAGGCUUUCGGGAGUUUCUUCCUCUAAAGGAUGCUAAAAUGUUGGCCCUGACAGGAUUUCAUAACUGGUUCAAGUCCUCGAUUCACAAGUGGCUGCAGAUCAUUCAUGACCGAUCUUGUGACAGGAUUCGUAAAGCCGUGGAAACAGACAAGCUGGAGCCUGUGCAGCAGGCUAAGCACAGCUCCUCAGCAGUGGAAGUGACAGCAUGCUUCAGCCAGGUACGUGAGAUCUGGCUCCAGCUAGGGUGGCCCGACUCUGCAGGGGCCUUCAUCUUCAUCACCCGAUUGACAGAUAAUUUCUGCAGCGAGGCGGUGUGCUACUCUGAGAUGAUAACUCGCAAGAUUGAGAGGAACCAGCUGGGUCGAGACCACAAGAGCUUCACAGUGCAGCUGUGCAUCGCCCUGAACAACACGGAGCACGUGCGGGUUUUCCUGGGUCACCUGCCUCGUGACCUGGACUGGCAAGGUGUGGAGCGGGCCAUGGAGGAGUCCUGCGGGCCGGACGGGAAGGAGCAGGUUUACAAGGCACUCAACGGGCAGCUGUUUAACGUGGACCUGGACCUGCAGAGAGAAGCCAAACGUCUUAUUGCACUGCUCACAGACAAGAUGCUGCCUGAGCUGCGGAGGUACAUUCAGCACAUCAGCCUGUCUCCAGACUCCAUCAACAACGACGAUGCUGUGUCCCCAUUGAUGAAAUACUUACAAGACACUAUGAGCAUCCUCACGGACAACCUUGUGAAGGAGAAUCUGACUAGAGUUCUCCAAAGCAUGUGGGAGCUUCUGCUGCGGAUGAUCCUGGAUGCGGUCGCGGAAAACAGGGGUGUUCAGGUGGAGUUCUACAACCGCUUCCAGUACACAGUCGAGACCCUGUUGCAGUUUCUCCACGCCAAAGGAGAGCGCCUUGUACUGGAAGAUAUGAAGAGUGGAGACUACAAGGCCCUGGAUGAGGAGCUCAGGCUGAACAAAUGUUCCUCAUUUGAGCUGAUUGAACAGUACUAUCUGGAGAAGAUUUCCCUACAGAAAACACUCAAACACACCCGUUACGGCCGGAUCAGUGUGAAGUGCUACUAUGACGCUCCAGAGCAGAGGCUGACGGUGGAGAUUCUGCACGCCGCAGAUAUAAUCGCACUGGAUGCCAACGGUCUUAGUGACCCGUUUGUCAUAGUGGAGCUCUGUCCACACCACCUUUUCCCAUUGGCCAAGAGUCAACGCACCCAAGUCAAACUCAAGACGCUUCACCCAGUAUUCGACGAGCUCUUUUACUUCCAUGUGAGUCCUGAGCAGUACAGACACAGGUACGCCUGUUUGACAUUCACUGUGAUGGACUACGACUGGCUUUCCACCAACGACUUUGCCGGUGAAGCCGUGGCUCCUCUCAGCGACUUCUGCUGGCCAGGGAGGCCGAACGCCUCAGCAGCCGGCAAGAGCGUCCAGCCCGUCAUCCUCCACCUUUCUCGCAGUAAACCAAGUGAGAAGCCAAUCAUGAGGAUGCUGGACGCUCGCAUCGGAGACAGGGAGGCUCAGGAGUUUGUCCGCAGGCUGAAGGAGAUUGAGAAGUCAAUGGAAGAGGAGUAACACGCUGUCAGCGCUGCCUGUAAUGAUGUUUGCUGACCACGUCUUGUGACAUGUGCUUUUGAACUGGUACAAUGUUUACAAUGUUUGACUUUUUUGUCCAAUGUCAUUGUUUGAUCAGUAAUUAUACCAAAAUGAAAAAGAAGUCAAAGUGAAGCUUAUUGCUGCUUUCUAACUGGGAGAUAAACAUCCUGUCACUGUGCCACCCUAUGCUGUCUAAGUCAAACAAUAUUUUAAUGGAAAGUUGAUCCUAAAUGGUACUAGUCUAUAUUUUUUGUAAUGAGGUAAUUGUUAUAUUUGUUGUAUAAUCUUUGAAAUGAUAGUUUUAAAAGUACAAAAAUAUAUUGUGGAAGUA